AUGGCGACUUCAGGCAUCCUUCGUCCGCUGGCGGUUAUUGCAGGUGUAGGGAAUGCAACGGGAACUGGAGCAGCCACAGCCCGUCUUCUCUCAAAGCACGGUUACAGUGUUGCGCUUAUCGCACGCGGAGCAGGAUCGUUGAGGGACCUAGCAGAUGAGAUCAAGGACACAGGAGGAGAGGCUGAGCCAUUUCCGAUACCAGAAUAUUCACCGGAGGCCAUCUCGGACGCGUUUUCGGCCAUUCGGAACAAAUUUCCAUCCCCAAGCACGGGCGUGAAUGGGCGACCGCUUCGUGUGGCGAUUUUCAACGCUGCCCAAGGAGUGUUCAAGCCUUUCUUGGAUGUUACACCCCAAGAUGUCAGGGAGACCCUCGAGGUGAACGUCACUACCGCGUUCACAUUUGCCCGUGAAUCCAUUUUGGAUUUCAAGAAGAAUGAUAUAGCUGACGGCAAGAGGGGGACGAUCAUAUUUACGGGGGCUACUGCUGCUCUGCGGGGGAAUGUUAUGACCAGCGUAUUCGCAGCGGGUAAGCAUGGUCAGAGAGCCUUGUCUCAGAGUCUCGCCAAAGAAUUUGGCAAAGACAAUAUUCACGUCGCUCAUACAAUCAUUGAUGGUCAGAUCCUCACGGACAGAACCAGGAGCUACAAUGACGGUGCUUCAAACUGGGAGACUAACGCUGACGUUAGACUCAGCCCGGAGAGUAUCGCAUCAGCAUAUCUGUACCUCGUCAAUCAAGAUAGGUCUGCAUGGACAUGGGAGCUUGAUUUACGCCCGGCGCACGAGAAAUGGUGA